AUGAGACCAAUCCUACUGAAAGGACACGAACGUUCUUUGACACAAGUUAAAUUCAACCGGGAAGGAGACCUGAUCUUUUCUUGCGCUAAGGAUAGCGUUGCUUCCGUGUGGUAUGCAAUCAAUGGUGAAAGAUUGGGAACUUUUGAAGGCCACCAAGGUACGAUCUGGUCGAUCGACGUGGACAGAUUCACGAAGUACGCGCUAACUGGAUCUGCCGAUUUCAGUAUCAAGCUGUGGGAUGUCGAAACUGGCCAAAACGUGUACACGUGGAAAACCAAGACUCCAGUGAGAAGAGUGGAGUUCAGCCCUUCAGGAGACAAGUUUUUGGCUGUUUUGGAUGGUGUUAUGGGUUACCCAGGUAGUGUGUCCGUUUACGAGGUUCCUCGCAACACCGAAACGCAGCAACUUUCGCAAGAGCCUGCUGCAGAGCCUGCGUUCGACAUUCUAACGCACGAGGGCUUUGAAAUCGCCUCUGUGGCGGCCUGGAGUUUCCAGGACCGUUUCAUCGUCGUGGGCCACAAGGACGGCCGCAUAUCGAAAUAUGACGGUGCCACAGGGGAGUUCAUCGAUGCUCUAGAACUCCACACCCAGAACGUCAGUGAUAUCCAGUUUUCGCCCGAUGGAACCUAUUUCAUCACCUCCUCAAGAGACAGCGACGCAAAACUCGUCGAUGUCGAGACUCUAGAGGUGCUAAAGACGUACGAAACAGACUGUCCUUUGAACAGUGCAUGCAUUACGCCUAUCAAGCAGUUUGUCAUCCUAGGUGGUGGUCAGGAUGCCAAAGAUGUCACAACCACCAGCUCGCGCGAGGGUAAGUUCGAGGCCCGUCUAUACCACAAGAUUUUCCAAGACGAGAUCGGCAGAGUAAAAGGUCAUUUCGGUCCACUAAAUUGCGUGGCCGUGAGUCCCCAGGGUACAUCGUAUGCGUCUGGUGGUGAAGAUGGUUUUGUGCGUCUGCACCACUUUGACAAGAGUUAUUUCGAUUUCAAAUACGACGUGGAAAAGAGCGUGGAGGCUCAAAAGCAUAUGCAGGGUUUGGAAUCCAGCGCCUAG